AGAGCAUUCCGGCCCCUCCGCAGGGCAUGCGAGAGAGUUCCAGAACAAUUGGCAUUCCGUCAUCCGACGGUUGUUCCACUUCAUCAAGUCCAGGUCCUAUGUGUCAGGCCACACCGCAUUUCCCCAUGCGUUUGCCCGCAGUCGGUCGACGUGUAGAAACUCAUUCCCUGUGCAGAUUGAGUUGGAGAUUCUAUCAUAAGUCGCUGAGCUUUGGCCGCACCCUCGCAUGAUCUUUCUUCACCGAGUUUGAGCUUUGGUUUUGUGGGUAGUGUUGUUAGUCAGCUGGUCGGUGUGGUGUGAUUUUGCGGUGGCGUCGUUGGGUCCAAUCCCAGGGAGAGCUUUUUGGAUUCUGUUGGGUACAAAUUGGGGCUCUGGGAAUUUUGUUGCGCAGCUUAGUUGAGAGGUUGGGUGUGGCGCGUGGGAGCCUCGGAGGCGUGGUGGGUUCGAAGGGGAGGGUGGAGUAGGGCAGACAUUCGGUGUUUCGAAGGAGGUUGGGAUUUGCAGAUUGUAAUUGUGCGACUUCGGAAGCGGGAUUGAGUGUUGGGUUUUUUCUUUCGAGUGAAUUAGUGGUUGGAGGCGGGUGAUGAGCAUGGCGGUUGCGAAGCUGCCCCUGCAGCAGGGUAUAACCUCGUUCGCGUUGCAGAGGGUGUCGUCCUGUACUUUGUCUUCGCUUGCGAGAUCACCAGCUCUUGUCUCGGUUGCUGCUCCUAAGUUGCAGCGACAACAGCGAUGGAGGCCCGUGACUGCGAUGCUGCGGAAGCGCGUGGUACCCCUGGCAUCCGUGAGGGGCAUAGCGUCCGGGAAUUCUGUUGUGGGUUCUCUUGGUCUGAUCAAUGCUAGUCCGUGGCAGAGCUUCGUGGGUUUGCGAGCAGAGCGGUUUAACAGAAAGAAAGAAUUUGUGAAGACGGAGCGUAGCAAGCGCAAUUAUCGCACUGUUCCAUCGGCUGAGGCUCGAGAUGGAAGGAUUAAUCAGGGCGAAUUCACUGAGAUGGCUUGGCAAGCAAUUGUCGCCUCUCCUGAUGUCGCAAAAGAAAGCAAGCAACAAAUUGUGGAGACAGAGCACUUGAUGAAGGCCUUGCUGGAGCAGCGAAAUGGCCUGGCGAGGCGAAUUUUUGCUAAAGCAGGCGUGGAUAACACCUCUUUGUUGCAAGCAACUGAGCGUUUUAUUCAGAGACAACCAAAGGUCCUGGGUGACACAAGUGGGUCUAUGCUUGGACGAGAUUUGGAGGGAUUGAUAGAGAAGGCACGUGGUCAUAAGAAGGAUUUUGGAGAUUCUUUUGUCUCUGUUGAACACUUGGUCCUGGCAUACACUCAGGACAAACGAUUUGGUCAGCAACUGUUCAAAGAGUUCCAGUUAACUGCGAAGACUUUGAGUGCCGCAAUUCAGUCAAUUCGAGGAUCACAAAAGGUUACUGAUCAAGAUCCAGAAGGUAGAUACGAAGCUCUAGAGAAAUAUGGAAAGGACUUGACUGAAAUGGCAAGACAGGGCAAACUUGACCCUGUCAUCGGACGAGACGAUGAAAUUCGCCGCGCUAUUCAAAUUUUGUCUCGUAGAACAAAGAACAACCCAGUCCUGAUCGGAGAACCCGGCGUUGGAAAGACUGCCAUUUCUGAAGGUCUGGCUCAGCGGAUUGUACAAGGAGACGUGCCAUCAGCUUUGCUCAACCGCAAGCUGAUUUCGCUGGAUAUGGGAUCGUUGAUAGCAGGCGCAAAGUAUCGUGGAGAGUUCGAGGACAGGCUCAAGGCAGUCUUGAAGGAGGUCACCGACUCCGAUGGCCAGAUCAUCCUGUUCAUUGAUGAGAUACACACUGUUGUCGGUGCUGGUGCUACCAGCGGUGCAAUGGACGCCGGAAAUCUGUUAAAGCCAAUGCUGGGCCGCGGAGAGCUGCGCUGCAUCGGAGCAACCACAUUGGACGAGUACCGAAAGUAUAUCGAGAAGGAUCCUGCCCUGGAACGUCGCUUCCAGCAAGUCUACGUGGACCAGCCCUCAGUGGAAGACACGAUAUCCAUUCUGAGGGGCCUUCGCGAACGUUACGAACUGCACCACGGAGUGCGGAUCUCGGACAGCGCUUUGGUGGAGUCCGCCAUGUUAGCUGAUCGCUACAUUGCCGAUCGGUUCCUCCCGGACAAAGCCAUCGACCUCGUGGAUGAAGCUGCGGCGAAGUUGAAGAUGGAGAUCACGUCGAAACCCACAGCACUUGAUGAAAUAGACAGGUCUGUGCUGAAGCUGGAAAUGGAGAGGCUGUCACUGAAGAACGACACAGACAAAGCGUCGCGGGACCGGCUCGAUCGACUGGUCACGGAGCUGGACCUUCUGAAGAAGAAGCAGAAGGAGUUGACAGAUCAGUGGGAACACGAGAAGUCAGUGAUGACUCGCAUUCAGUCCAUCAAAGAGGAGGUGGACAGAGUGAACCUGGAAAUCCAACAAGCGGAGCGAGAUUACGACCUAAACCGAGCUGCGGAGUUGAAGUACGGAAGUCUAAUGACGUUGCAACGCCAGUUGGACGCUGCGGAGAAGGCUCUGGACGAGUAUCAAAACAGUGGAAAUUCUAUGCUUCGGGAGGAAGUGACAGGAAACGACAUCGCAGAGGUGGUGAGCAAGUGGACUGGAAUUCCCAUCUCGAAACUGCAGCAGUCAGAGCGGGAGAAGCUCUUGCACCUUGACGACGAACUGCACAAGCGCGUAGUCGGCCAGGACCCAGCUGUGAAGUCCGUGGCGGAGGCCAUCCAGCGUUCCAGGGCGGGGCUUUCUGACCCCAACAAACCGAUUGCCAGCUUCAUGUUUAUGGGGCCAACAGGUGUGGGGAAGACUGAGCUGGCCAAAGCUCUGGCGUCGUAUCUCUUCAACACCGAGGAGGCCAUCGUGCGGAUCGACAUGAGCGAGUACAUGGAGAAGCAUGCGGUUUCGCGGCUGGUGGGAGCACCGCCUGGAUACGUUGGUUAUGAAGAGGGAGGGCAGCUGACGGAGGCGGUUCGGAGAAGGCCAUAUGCAGUGAUUCUGUUCGACGAGAUAGAGAAAGCUCACUCUGACGUGUUCAAUAUCUUCCUUCAGAUCCUGGACGAUGGACGCGUGACGGAUUCCCAGGGCAGGACCGUCAGUUUCACUAACACAGUUAUCAUAAUGACAUCCAACGUGGGGUCUCAUUACGUUCUCAACAGCGCGGACAGCAUGGCCGGCAACAGCAAGGAGGUCAUAUAUGAGGCAAUGAGAGCUCGAGUGAUGGAGGCCGCGAGAAACACGUUCCGACCAGAGUUCAUGAACCGUAUCGACGAGUACAUCGUGUUCCAGCAGCUCGACCGCGACCAGAUAAGCAGGAUUGUGAGAAUUCAGUUGGACCGUGUACAGAAGAGAUUGUCAGACAGGAAGAUCACGCUGAAGGUGACGGAGAGCGCCAUCCAACUGCUGGCAAGUUUGGGGUAUGAUCCCAACUACGGAGCACGGCCAGUGAAGAGGGUGAUCCAACAGAGUGUGGAGAACGAGCUGGCGCGUUCAAUAUUGAGAGGAGACUUCAAAGAGGAGGACACAAUCCUGAUCGACUCCGAUCUGACAUCGGUUGCUGGAAGCAGCCUUCCGCAACAGAAACUGUCUUUCCGAAGGUUGCAGUCGGUGGAUUCGAACCAGGCAGCAGAUGCGGAUCCCUUUGCGUACGCACAGGGGCAAGAGAAUUGAUGGGGCUUGCACCUUUCAGCGUUGGACAUCCAGAGGAUUGGGACUUCGUGACAAUGAGCGGCUGUGGCGUUGCGGAGUGUAGCCCAGAUAUUUACCAUGUAGAAUAUGGUGCUUUGAAGUUUUGGUAACAGGAGCGAGAAGCGCUAUCUCAUUUAUCUAAAUGUAUGGAGGGUAGGUUGGAUAGUUCGGAAAAUUGCAGAUGGAUAUUUUUCGAAGAACAAUCAUAUGACCCGCACUGGCUUUUUCAGAGUUCCUUUUUAAUAGGUACCUGAAGUAGGUUAUCUUUUAUCCAAGAGAAGGAGGUUCGGCUGGGCUGGGGCUUCUCCUUUCUUGAUUGUAAUGUAGCAGGUGACGUAGAUAUGUUACUAUAGACGUUAGGAGACGUCAGGGUUGGUCUUGGCCGCGGUGUAUUCGUAGCAGGCAAGGAACUGGAACUCGUGGUUUGUGGUAUGCAAUCUGAGUUCCAGAAUUCAGAUUUGAUGAAUUCAAUCAACCAUAAACUGUUGACUGCGUUGGAUUGUCUUUUCAA